AUGUGGGAAGGGAUUAAUGGAAUGGUAAGAAAGACAGCGCGAGGGGGGUAUACAGGGGUAGCAACUUUGCGAGGUGUGAACGGUGGAUUUGUCAGCAGUGGGAAGGGAAAAAGGGAAGUUCUAGCAGGACACUACAAGAGACUUGGAGUGCCCUCGGAGAAUGAAGCUUUUGACCAAGCGUUUAAGAAGGAGGUGGACGCAUGGGCCCAAAAAGAAGAGACAUCGAAGGCAGACGUUGGGAACGUAGAACUAGAAAAGGAGUUCACUGAGGACGAGGUUGAGGCGUGUGUGAACAAGCUGAAGUGCCACAAAGCAGCAGGAGCGGAUGGGAUAGUCAACGAGUUCAUGAAGUUUGGGGGGAAGGGGAUGAUCCAGCUGAUGGUACUGCUAUACAAUUGGGUGUGGAAAAACGAGUAUACGCCAAGUAGAUGGAGGGAAGGAGUGGUUGUGAACUUGUUUAAGAAACGAGACAAGACUGACCCAGGAAACUACAGGGG